AAAUAAUGGAUUUGUGCUCGUGGAAAAAAACGUUUUAGUGAUUAGGGGUUAAGAACAUUAGAUAUCACAUGAUGACGACAGUCCAGCUCAUUUGGCUAUAUCUAUGUUUUUCCCUUGUUAUAAUAAGUCAACGAGGUGAAUGUGGCUAUGUGAAUGUAGCACAGAGCAGAUCCCCACAACAGUCGUCUAAUUACUAUCAGUUUGACGCCAACUACAACAAGAUAGAAUCUUACUAUAAUGCCUUCAAAGUAAAUGAUCUUAACACAGCUACAUGUUCCCAGACUAAUGCUGACGAUGGACCAUACUGGAGAGUUCAUUUAGAUGGAAGUCAACAGAUUAACAAUAUUGAAAUAACAACACAGUCAAAGGGUAACAAAGACAUGUAGUAAUAAAAUAUUUAGAUUUAUCUCAAAAAUUCCCUAUUUGAUGCCCAAGAGGGAACGUGUACAGGAUCUACAAUUUCGAUCUACGCUACGCUUGGCCUAUUCAACUUCACAGCUUGUUUAGAAGGGUGUCGUGGUAGAUCUGUCUGUAAAGGUUUUCGGGUUGUAAUGCAACCAGGUAGUGGUAUAAAGGAGUGUUACCUUUUCAGUUCCAUGGCAUGUGGCACAACUGCUGUACCAGACUCAAGAGGAAGAGGACACAGAUACACAUACUUUAAACAAGGUGUUAACAUACACCUAUGACACAUAGAUCUGCGAUAUGAAGAUACAAUAACAAACUUAUCUAAUAUUAAACUAUUCAAUAG